AAUAUUGGGGGAUUGGCGCGUCAUUUCGAACUGAUGACCUUCCAGACGUUUUUGGGAUUUCGAGUCCAUUGGAAAAAAACAGCGAAACUCGAGUUUCCUCGCCAACUGUCGCAGUUGAGCGACUUUUUGAAACGCAAAAGCAGUAAUUAAUGCUUAGCCGCGCCCCCUCUAGUCGACGGAAACCUUUCCCUGGAUAUCGCAGAAAGAAUAGACUCUCAAUCGCACCUCGAGGGCAUUUCAAACCAACACUUGCAUGCAGAAAAACAAAAGCUAGGCUUUCCGACGAUAGUACUGGGGCAUCUAUUCAAGUUCUGGUGGAAACGUGCGUAGAGUGGACGGCCGGGCGCCUUUGUAGCGAUUCCAUUGCAAGAAUAUCGAAGACACUUGAUACGGCCUCGGUGCUUGACCGGCGACCGGCGACCGAACCUUCAACACGAAAUACGAUGCCGCAACGGCGAGGCUCGAAGUCAAUGGCGACGUCGCUACAACAAUCUACAGCGUGAUUAAAGUACGACGGGAGACAAUCCCAAUAGCACUUGUGAACCGGGUAAAAAAGCCCCUCCAGCACACGGAUGGCAUAAUCGAUCCGAAUCUACAAAACGGGGAAUGUCCGUCAUAAGAGAUACUGCCUCUGGGGAGAGUGGGCAAAAACAGGAUUUUGUAGC